AUGGGAGCCGCUGCGCUUCAUGGGGAGCUGGACUGUUGCGCCACUCAGGGUGGCGAUGAGACAGAGGAAGGGGCGACUCUCAGAACGGUUCCUUCGAUGAUCGGCCUUGCGGAUGCUGAGGAGCCCAUGUGCACAUUCGAUUGCGACGUGGACACCAUGGACUGGGAGCCAACGAAAGCGGCUCCGGACACCCUCGGGGGAGAACUGCACGGGGCACAGUUUUCUGCGGAAUCUCUUAUUGUCAGGCAGGGGCCACGAGGACUCUCAAGCCGACUUGAACAGAAUGCACACCUGGCUCUUGACGACGAGAUUGCACGCGCCGUCCCGUUAGCGCAGACGUUGCGUUCCUUCGGAUAUCUUUGGAGAUUGCGCCCGAACAAGAUGAGCCAGGACCAGCUGUUGAAGCUGUGGCAGUCUUCUAAGAAAGCAAACUCAUUCGACGCCUUUAUGUCCCACACCUGGUGGACCCCGGGAUAUCAGAAGUUUAUAUCUCUAUUACUCCGCUCCUACUGGCACUACGUCGUGGUAGCCACGAUUGCGGCAAGCGCGGUGAUCAUGAUCAUGUAUAGGCUGGGCAUCUUGCCCAUGCCUUUGAAAUUUGAAUCACACUACGAACUCUUCCCCAGAACCAUUCCCUGUGGGCCAUGGGGCACACUGUUUACAUUCCAGGUCUCGCUCUGUGCCCUGCUGUGCGCUCCCCUCCUGUCCUGUCGGAGCUUCGAUAUUUUCUUCGAUGUUGCAUGCAUUCACCAAACGGAUCCGGUGAUGUGCGAACGAUUAUGGUGCAUAUUCGAACUCGCUGGAUACCGCAGGGCCAAUCCAACAGGCAAGAUUGUUUUCCAGCCGCUGCUGGUUGAGCGUGACUUCUGUGUUCUCUGGGCCUGCGUUUACUUGUACAUGUGCGCCUUCCACAUCAUGAAUACAGGCUCAGCCUGGAGAGGUUUUUUCGCCUUGUCGGCCAUAGGCGGCAUUUCUGCUCUGCUUCCUGGCAUCCAUGCAAUUCGGAGAGGCUUCCAAGAGCAGGAGCGCAGCCUUCAGGGAAUGGCAAACUUUGACCUUGAGCUCGUUUCGUGUUCCAGUGAUUUCGACAAGCAAUUUAUUCUCGCGGCGGUGAGGGAGUGGUAUGGAAGCACCGAUGCAUUUACACAAUAUGUUCGCGGUCCUUUGCGGGAUGAGCUGGUGCAGGUGGUCGCCGAGAUGCGCGCUCCCAUGUCAUACUGUUUGCUGGCCUUUUCGCCGGCGGCCGGAAUUUACGCAGACGUUCUGGGGUCUCUCUGGCUCGCAGGUGCAUCCAAUGAGAUGCUCUUGGCCUACGUUCUGGGACAGGUGCUGUCGUCCUUCUUGCUUGGCAUGGCUCAAAUAAAGGUUUUGUUCAUCCUCGCGAGGCGCUAUUCUCAACCCAGAUUUCUGAGCCGCACCAUGGACUACAUGCAGAGCGGUGGCGUGUUGCUUGUCUGGGUCCUGUUCGUUGCUGCCUCGUUUCCGAGAAACGAAGUGUACUACAAGUUUGGUGUUCCUGGUGCCGUGGCUGCCCUUAUCGUCUCAAUGCUCGUCUUUAUCGCCAUGUUCUUUCGCGACUUCCAGCGAUUCUGGGGCUAG